AUGAGUACAACCCCCUGCACCCUAAUAGCCGACUUCAACUUCGCCUUCUUCCCCAUCCCGUACCCCCCAUCACAUCCCCACCCCCCUCUCGGAACCAUGUCCAACCCAUCACCACCACCCAAGAAACGCGCCAAACUGGCCUGCACCACCUGUAAUGCGCGCCGCGUCAAGUGCGAUGUUACCGAGCGCCAGCCGUGUGGGAAUUGCAGGGCCGGCAAUGUGCACUGCGAGACCCGCGAGUCUAGGCGUGGGAAACAUGUGAGGAAGGCUAGGGCGGAGCCGGAUGUCAAGGUGCGGCGGCCGGAGGUUGGACGGUCACCGAAACAGGACUCAAAGCCUCCUUUGAACCCGCAUCGUCACGAGGAUGAAGUCGCUGUAUCCCAUGUCUUGGCCUCCAUGUCGACGACAAACUUCCAUAGCCCCUUGACGUACAGCAAGCCCUCGACAAGUGCAAGUCAGUAUCAAUUUGCGAUUCCAUCGGUGCCAUCCGAGCACAAUAAUGAUCUCUCGCGACUAGACUCCACGCAACCCGAUCGCGAAGAUGCCGUGUUUCUGGGCGAGUCGAGCUCGCUGCGCUAUGUCACCGAGGAACCUUCACCCGCCGCCGCAGAACGUAGACAGUCCGUCUUCCGUCAUGCGGUCCCCAGUGCCGCCAAAGCAGAGGCAUUCGUUCCGCAAUGGGAAGCUGAACGUCGUCGUGCCCGGAUGAAAGCUCUUCAGGCAGAAGGUGCCUUUUCCUUUCCGCCCGCUGCCGUUCGGGAAGAGUUACUCAAGGCGUACUUUCAAUGGUUCCAUCCGCACUUCGCCAUCAUCGAUGAAGCCGACUUUUGGGAUCUGCACCGUGAUGGCAGAGUGUCGCCUUUACUGUUGCAGGCCAUGCUCUUCAUCGGGGUAAUCCAUUGUGGUGAGGCAACGCUCACGAGUCUGGGCUGGGGCAAUCGACACCGAGCUAAAUGGCUGUUUUACAUUCGAGCAAAAGACAUUUACGAUGCCACCUAUGAGAGCAACAAGAUCAUCGUCAUCCAGGCGUUAUUCUUGAUGAGCUUCUGGCGAGCAGGCGCCCUGUUGGAAAAGGAUGCUCGGCAUUGGCUCGGCACGGCAAUCAGUCUGUCGCAAACGAGAGCCCUGCAUCGAUCGGGAGGAGAGACUGAAGGCAAGAUGACAAGACUCACAAGGCGGUUAUGGUGGGCGCUAUAUGUACGUGAGCGGCAGUGUGGGUCUGCCCUCGGCCUUCCCAAUCGGAUUCGCGACGAAGAUUGCGAUGUCGAGCCUCUGACAGCCUCGGACUUUGUCUCUGCUUUCGGCCCAUCGACAUCAGAAGCAAACGUCCAUCGGUAUACAGCCCAUAUAAUCGGCAUGGUCGAGUUGGCCGUUUUCCUGGGUAAGGUGGUCGAUGCCGGAUACCUGCCCAAACGAACGCUCCUUGCUGAAGACCGUGCGAGCAUCCGCGACGCGCUCUAUCAAUGGAAAGCAGGCUUGCCAGAAGUCAUGCAAUUGAAUCAUGACACGGGCGAGCCACCUUGCUUCCAGGCCAGCAUGCUCCAUCUAGCUUACAACAAUCUCCUGAUUCUCCUCUAUCGCACAAGCUUCCUCCUGGAUGAGCACAUCAGUGCAGAAGUCGACGGAAACAUUGCCUUGCAGGCAGCAGCACGCAAUUCCCGCAUCGUCGAAGAUAUGCUACCUAGUGGUAACAUUGGCCAUGCGCAGAUUCACGUCAUUACCAACUUGUUCAACACGCUGUGCAUCCACGUCGCCAAUCUCAGACGCUCGACCGGCAUCAACAGGACGCUGGCCGAGCACCGCGCCAAGCUCUGUCUGUUGGGACUGCAGGAACUGCAAAAGACGUGGGAGGUCACAAACUGGGUUCUGCAACUCUUCUUCCAGUACCUGGACCGCGAGACGGCCUCGCGGUUGGCGGUUGAGGCGGAUGAUGUCGGGUUUGCGAGUGCGGCCAGUCGGCCUGCGAGUGAGCGGGCGUCGUCGGGUUCAGCGGUGCCGCAGCGAGAUGUCGUGGAAGCGGAGGUUGUGGCCCCGUCGAAUGGGCCGCAGUCAGGUAUGGUUAGUUUGGAGAAUCCGCCGACGCCGUGGUCGUGGACGAUGGAUGAGCAGAAUCACUAUCUGUUUACGCAAAUCGAAAAUGACUUUGCUUUUGGCGAGGGGGGUAUACAACGGUGGUCAGCCGAGGACGUUUUGAGCGACGCGUCGCUUGCGGACUUUCUCUACAGCGAAAUUAAUAAUUAG